AUGUGGGUGGCCAUGGGAGUACUCUGGUGCCUGGCCCUCAGGGGUCUUCCCCAUGCGCUUGGCUCCUGUCCCUCCCAAUGUAGCUGUAGCCUACACAGCCUCAGCGAUGGCACCAAAAACAGGGUGGUCGUGUGCAAUGACCCCGAGAUGACCCUCCCUCCCAUGAUGAUCCCAUUGGACACCUCCAAGCUCCGAAUAGAGAAGACGUCCAUCCGGAGAGUGCCAGGGGAUGCCCUCCACCAGCUCACUUGCCUGGAGUACCUGUGGCUGCCCUAUAAUUCCAUGACCAGUUUCAGUUCUGUCAUGCUGCGGGGCCUGCGGAGGCUUCAAGAGUUGCGCCUCCCUGGGAAUCACUUGGUAUCCUUCCCCUGGGGAGCUCUUGGGGAUACCCCACAGCUAAGGCUGCUUGAUCUGCAUGGGAACCGCCUCUCAGCUGUGUCCGCAGAGGCUGCCCGCUAUGUAAGGAACCUCACUUUCCUGGACCUCUCCAGCAAUCAGCUGAUGCGUCUUCCCCAGCAGCUUCUUACCACCUGGUCUCAUCUGCAGGCUGGUCCUUAUGCCCCCAGUGAUAACUCCAAGAUCAUCCUGGGUCUGCAAGACAACCCCUGGGUAUGUGACUGUAGCCUGUAUGAAAUGGUCCAGAUCCUAAACUUCCCAACUCCAAAUAUGGCCUUCAUUGAUCCAAGGCUGAAGUGUUCUACUCCUUGGAGCCUGGCUGGAGUUGCCUUCAGCCAACUGGAACUCAGGAAGUGCCAGCGUCCUGAGGUUUAUACUUCAGUGGCCAAGGUCAAGACACUUCUGGGUAGCACUGUGUUCCUGCGGUGUGGGGCCACUGGGGUACCCAGUCCAGAGCUCAGCUGGAGGAGAGCUGAUGGGCAUCAGCUUAAUGGGACAGUGCAUCAAGAAGCCUCCAGUGAUGGCAUGAGCUGGUCUCUUCUGGGCUUGCCCGAAGUAUCCCACCGUGACUCUGGAGAGUAUGUCUGCAAAGCCAAAAAUUCUUUGGGGGCCACUGAAGCAUUUGUCUCCCUCAUCAUCACUGAGGCCCAGACCACUGCUGAGCCCCAAGGGCCCACAACUAGGCCAUGGCCAGGGAAGGCUGAGGGAGUAGAAGCUGCCGCUUACAAUGAGUUAGUGGCAAGAUAUGCCUCCACUACCUCCCGUCUGUCUUCUGCGGUGGCCAGGCCUACCCUCCCCAGCUAUGAGAAGAAUCCUGCUCUCCAACAUUUUCACAUGAAUGCCCUGGGAGAACUCUCCAUGGGGAGCCUUGGAGAAGAGCAGGCUGAUAGAGCCAAGGACCAGCCAUUGAAUCAGCUGGAACCAGCCCAAAUGGUGAGAUCAGUUAAGGUGGUAGGGGACACUUACCACAGUGUGACCUUGGUGUGGAAAGCCCCCCAGGCUGGAAACAACACCAUGUUCAGCGUACUGUAUGCCAUCUUUGGAGAGAAGGAUAUGAGAAGGGUCAAUGUAGACCUUGGGAAAACCAAAGUCACCAUUGAGGGUCUUAUGCCAAAAACCAAGUAUGUAGCUUGUGUCUGCGUGCGUGGCCUGGUCCCCAAGAAGGAACAGUGUAUCAUCUUUUCCACGGAUGAGGUGGUUGAUGCUGAAGGCACCCAGAGACUCAUCAACAUUGUGGUGAUUAGCAUAGCCGCCGUCAUUGCUGUGCCCCUGACCUUACUUGUCUGUUGUGGAUCUCUAAAGAGGCGUUACCAGAAAUUCCGGUUGAGGAAGAAUGAGGAGACCCAGAGUUCAUAUGUCACAUUUGAGAGACUGGGCCCCAGUGAGGACGGAGUGGAGGAUUUGGCCAGGGACAGUCCUGAGGAGGGAGACAGGCUACUCUCCUCACGUUCUAGCAUGGAUUCACAUGUGCUAUCCAAGGUAGAAGGCCCAGCCAAUGAGUACUUCUGCUAA